GAAUAGCAGCAUAAUAUUGGGCCAUAUCUAAGAAAGAUCAGAUGUUGUCAGGUUUCCUGAUUGUCAUAAAGACCUUCAUUUUCUUCUUGAAAAUUAAAAAGACUGCAGAUGCAAGAAACCUGAAAUAUAACUAGAAAAUGCUGGAAGCACCCAGCGGGUCAGGCGGUAUCUGUGGAAAGGGAAACAAAGGGAGUUCACUUCAGCUAUCCUGAUGGCAGUCUACAUCCCACCACAGAUGGACGUGAAGCCGGCACUCAGUGAGCUAUACUCCAUGGUCAACAACCUUGAGACAGGAUACCCUGAGGCCCUCUUCAUUAUCACAGGUGACUUCAAUCAGGCCAACCUCGAGUGUGUCCUGCUCCACCAGGGGCGCCAACACCCUUGACCACUGCUAUACAACCAUCAAAGAUACUUUCGAGCCACCCCUCGUCCUCACUUUGGGAAAUCAGACCACCAGGCUGUGCUCCUUCUCCCUACAUACAAACAGAACCUGAAGCGGGAGGAUCCAGUACGGAGAGUCGUGCAGUGCUGGUCUGAGGAAACAGAUGAGCUCCUGCAUGACUGCUUUGAGACAGUGGACUGGUCCAUGUUCAAAGACUCAGCUGCCAGCCUUGAUGAGUAUGCCACCACCCUCACAGACUUUAUCAGCAAGUGUGUGGAGGACUGUGUACCUAAGAGGACAAUCCGGGUGUUCCCAAACAAGAAACCAUGGAUGAACCGAGAGAUCCACUCCCGACUGAAGGACAGGACUGCUGCACGCAAAUCUGGUGAUCCUGAUCUGUACAAGAAAUCGAGGUAUGAAAAGUCGGGCUGCAUAGCUAACAUCAGCGCAUCCCUUCUGGAUGAAUUUAACGCAUUAAAUGUGCGUUUUGAACUGAAGGGAAGUGGAUCGUCACCACCCACCCUGACAGCCUCCAAUGCAACUGAACCUGUGGUCACCAUUGAGGAUGCAAGAUCAGUCUUCCAGAGAGUGAACACGAGGAAAGCAUCUGGCCCAGACGGUGUCCCUGGCUGUGUGCUCAGAUCUUGUGCUGAUCAGCUGGCAGAAGUAUUUCCGGACAUAUUUAACCUCUCCCUGCUUCAAUCUCAGGUUCCCACCUGUUUUAAGAAGACCACUAUCAUCCCGGUACCGAAGAAAAGCAAGGUAACAUGUCUCAAUGACUACCGGCCAGUGGCUCUGACAUCCACCAUCAUGAAGUGCUUUGAGAGGUUGGUCAUGGCUCGCAUCAACUCCAGCCUACCAGACAACCGGGACCCAUUGCAAUUUGCCUAUCGCCGAAACAGGUCCACAGCGGACGCCAUCUCCCUGGCCCUAAACUCAGCUCUGGAGCAUCUGGACAGUAAAGACACCUACAUUAGACUAUUGUUUAUUGACUUCAAUACAAUAAUUCCAAGCAAACUCGUCACCAAACUCUGAGACCUGGGAUUCAACACCUCCCUCCCUCUGUAACUGGAUCCUGGACUUUCUAACCAACAGACUGCAAUCAGUGAGGAUAGGCAGCAAUACCUCCGGCAUGAUUAUUCUCAACACUGGUGCUCC